AUGGACCGUUAUGGUAGAGUCCGUACUGCUGAGGAGUUCCAAUUCCUGCAAGAUCGCUUCAGUUUCUUACCGGAGCAUGGUGUAACGAUUUCGGCAAAGGGAGUAUUGAUCUACAAUCAUCCUCUAGGUAAUAUCGGGGGCAAGCUUUUCCAUCGAGAGAUCAAUCUCAUAGAGGUUCUUCCUCCUCCUGUGUCUGAUAGAUGCGUGUGGGAGGUUGCUGGGCUACUCUUCGUAGAAGGGGGAAAUAUGGGUUCCAACGUGCCUGCAUCACAUUCUCUGCCGACCGUUGUGUCCGUUUCCCCAGUUCGUUCGCCAUUUUUUAUUCCUUCUGUUUUGCCUGUAGGUGCACAAGUAGGAAAAAGUAAUGCGUCUACUCAAAAAAUUCAUAGCGUGCAUGUGGUGCCGUCUUCGGUUGAAGAGAUAGAAUCCAAUGAUACGGGUCUUUGUCCUUGUAAUGCUCGUAGAACUAUGUAUGUGGCCAGGCUUCUUGGUGGUUUCGGGGAUAUACUCAGCGUUUAA